AUGAGCGCUUCGCCGUGGGUAAUGACAGAAGCCGAAGUGCAUGAGUAUGAUAUUCAAUUCUCAUCUCUCAAUCCUGUUAAUGGUUUCGUAUCAGGCGAUCAAGUGCGGCCGUUAUUCAUGAAAUCCGGACUUUCACCAGCAAUAUUGGCUCAGGUUUGGCAUUUGGCGGAUUAUAGCAAGGAUGGUAAAAUGGACCGAAUUGAAUUCUCGAUUGCAAUGCAUUUGAUUCGUUCAGUUUUAGCGGGUGCAUUGUUACCACAAACACUACCAGUCUCAUUAAAACUUCCGGCGACAAUGUCUUCAUCAUAUCCUCCUCUGGCUUCUCAAUUGCCAGUUAUCAGACCAGUCAUAGCUUGCGACAUUCGGUCAAAUACGGCACAAGAUAUGAUAAAAUCUGGAAAGGUGCAAGGUGAUUGGACCAUACCGUACCACAACAAACUAAAAUAUUGUCAACAAUUCAAUCAGCUUGAAAAAAGCAGAGUUGGCUCUCUUAGUGGUAUUCAUGCUAGGAACGUUAUGGCACAAAGCCAGUUGCCAAAUUCUAUCCUAGCGGAGAUUUGGAAUUUGAGUGAUUACAAUAAAGAUGGUCGGCUAAGUGUAGAGGAGUUUUGUGUUGCUAUGCAUCUCAUAGAAUCAGUCAAGGCUGGUUACAUACUUCCAAAAACUCUUCCGCCCGAGCUAGCUACCCAUUGUUCACGUUCAGUUUCCGACUCCCCAGUUCAUGAUUCGACUGCACCACCUGCACAGAAAGUUCAUGUACCGAAAACAUUUGAAGAUAAACGUCGUGAUAAUUAUGAUCGUGGACAAGCUGAAUUAGAUCGACGUCGGCAGGCAUUACUUGAAGAGGAAGAACGUCGUCGCGCAGAAUUUGAGAAAAAAGAGAGAGAGCUGGCAGAAAAACGGGAGAGAGAAAGAAUAGAAGCUGAAAAAAAACGUGAAGUUGAACGUGAGGCGGAGUUAGAACGAGAGAAAAAACGUGAAGAAGUUCGUUUGGCAGAAGAAAAACGUAUUUUGGCAGAGAAAGAAGAAGCUAGGAAAGAAAUGGAAAGGCAACGGAAAGCCGAUUUAAAUGCUAUAAGAAUCCGAGAGAUCAAAGCGCAUCGUCAAAAUGAAGUGGACAUCACUGUCGAACGCCAACAACGGCGUAAAAGUUUGUCAUUUCAACUUCAAGCACUGGACGAGAAGUCUAUUGAACUGAAUACUAGUAUCACGGAGGCAAGAGACCGGAUUCUUUGUAUUACGCAAGAAAUAGAAUCAAUGAAAACUAAACGAGAUGGAAAAGCAGAUAAAAUCCGGUCUCUGGAAAUGACGAAACAGCAAUUAAAUGUGCAAUGCGAACGACUAGCUCAUGAAAAUCUUCAAAUGCAAGUUGAAUGUAGGAAUAGAGCACGAAAAGCUCAAGAUCUUGAGCAAGUACGGAAUUCUAAACAAUCUUUGAGUGCGCAUUUAUCGGCUCUUACCAGUCAGAUAAUGGAUGCAGAAGAGCGAGCAAAAGUACAACAGCAAUUAGUCUCUAAAAAAGCAAAAGAACUGGAUGAAUGCAAUUCAAAAUUAAAUGAAGUUUCGGCUUUGCAUGCUAAAUUUUAUGAACAAAUGGUAAGUUUAAAUGCGAGAGUAAGUGUAAUCUUGGGAAACAAUGAUGAUGUCACAAAAACGAUUCCUGUAUCUUCCUCGAAUCACUCAAUGAAUCAGCCCUUUUCUCCAGAUCCAAAAAACACUAUUAAUGGAGAGGCGCAACAGUUUUCGACUUCUAAUAAUGCAUUACCAAAAAGGAAUGGUAUUGCUGGUGCAGUAAAGUAUCGUGCAUUGUAUGAAUUCACUGCUCGUUCUGAUGAUGAGCUCAGCUUUCAACGAGGAGAUGUUAUUCUUGCGUUCGAAAAUCACGCUGCUGACCCAGGUUGGUUGGCUGGACAAAUGCGAGAUAAAGUAGGGUGGUUUCCUGCGGCAUUCGCUGAACCAAUGGCUCCUGUUAAUGUCGUAUCUGUGCAACCUCCGCAGACAGUAUCAUCCGUCCCCACAUCUCCUUCUAGUGAACCAUUGCAAAGCAUCGUUGAAGAACCUGUUACAUCUGUUGUUAAAUCAGUGUCUUCUGUAAACGCGCUAUUCGACCAAGAAAAACUACAAGCUAUAUUGGGAUCAGCAGUUGCACUUUAUCAGUGGAAGGCAAGAAAUGAUAGCGAGCUUAGUUUUUCUAAAGGUGACACCAUAGAAAUCAUGGAGCUAUCGGAAAUGCGUUGGAAGGGUCGAAAUAAAUCUGGUGCUGUUGGUUGGUUUCCUAAAUCAUGCGUUUCAAUGCUAAGUGGAGAUAUGAAAUCAGAUUCGAAAGAUAGCUUACCAAAAGAUCAGGUUGAGAAGUCCAGGAAAUCCAAUAUAACAGAUGCUUCUUCAUUGUCAUCCACUCCUUCUGGUGCAGUUUAUGAUGCUGUUUCAGUAGAACCGUCAGUUGAGUCGACGUCUGACGAAUGGUACGUAGCUUUGUAUGACUUCCAAGCAAUGGAGCCAACAGAUCUAGACUUGCAUGCUGGUGAUCGUAUUCUUGUUACCGAGGCAACUAAUGAAUGGUGGAAAGGAAUGUGUUGUGGCCGAAGUGGGAUGUUUCCUGCAAAUUAUGUGCAAAAGUUGGCACCGUCUUUGCCUGUAAUUCAAUCAGAAAACGUAGAUUCGUGUAUGGCCAAAGCUCUUGGUAAUUUCGAUGCUACUGCAAGCAAUCAGUUGUCUUUGAAAGUUGGUGAUAUUGUGAAGGUCUCGAAAAAGUCAUCAUCUGGUUGGUGGCAAGGCGAAAUUGUUUCUGAAGAUGACGAUAAAAAAGUUGGUUGGUUCCCUGGUAAUUAUGUGGCAAUCUUAGGUGCAGAUGAGUUACAAGCGGAAGCCUUGUAUGAUUAUCAAGCACAACGGGAUGAUGAACUGUCUUUCAAAGUCGGUGAAAUCAUAAUAGUCAAGGAUCAGAGUGAUGGUGAGUGGUGGAAAGGACGACUGCUCAAUGGAGAAAAUACGAGUGAUGGAUUAUUUCCGGGAAAUUAUGUCAAGUUUCGGUGA